AUGGAUUGGAUAAGUGAGUUGCCCGAUGAGCUUCUCUUGAGAGUAUUGUCGUUACUUGCUGCGAAAGAUGUCGUGGCUACAAUGGUCUUGUCAAAGCGAUGGCAGUUUCUUUGGACGCUUGUGCCAAAACUCGAAUUCGAAUUUUACACCAGUCAUGAUGUUGAUCAAGACAAGAGACGGUUGAUGUUCAUCAACACUUUUUUCUCGUCACACAAAGCUCCGGUCCUUGAAACAGUGCGUUUCAAGAUCGGUGAAAAUGCUCGUGCCAUUGUAGACAUAGGAGCAUGUGCUGCUAACAAAAGCUGUUUGAGGGAGCUGAUCAUCGAGUCAGAUUAUUCACCUUUAUCUACUCCAACUAAAGUCUUGCUUCCAAGGCUCGGCUUUGGAGAAUCGCUUGCGACAUUGAGACUAACCAACACGGAUCUCCCGGAUGCUAGUUAUCCAAUAUCUUUCCCAUCUCUCAAGAAACUGAGUCUUAUCUCCAUCAAAUACCAUAAUAAGGAUUUAUCUGUCUACAAGCUUUUAUCCGCGUGUCCUGUUCUUCAAGACUUGGAUGUGGAGCGGUGUGAAGAUGAUAGCGUGACGACCUUCCUAAUUAAAGUGCCUUCUUUAAAGAGUUUAAGGUAUAAAACACCAUGGCAUAAUAAAGGUAAAGACGAUUCACUUGGAUCUGUGAUAGACUCUCCUUCUUUGGAAAUCUUGAACAUUCGUGACCGUUCAAGUGGGUUUUGUCGCAUUGAGAAUAAAAUGCCUAAGGUUGUCAAGGCAUACCUUAACGUUGAGUAUAGUUGCACUAAGCAGCUUCUAGGAUCUAUUGCUUCAGUCCAACAACUUGGUUUAUGUUUAUCCACUUCCAUGGAAGCAUAUCAUGAAGGAAGAAUAUAUAGCCGGCUUGUAGGGUUGGGGCUAUGUACAUGCCAAACAGAGUGGUUGAAACUACUUAUGCGUCUUCUCAAAGAUUCACCUAAACUAAGACUUGUGAAGCUAGACCAGUGCCACAAAAUCAAGAGUGGACAUUUACGGCCGUGCUGGAGUGAACCGAGUUAUGUUCCUGAAUGUCUCAAGUCAAGUCUUGAAACAUUCGAAUGGGCGGGAUACGAAGGAAGAGAAGAAGAGAAACAAUUAGUGAGAUUCAUCUUAGGAAACUCUAGUCGUUUAAAGACGGCAACUUUCUACCACAAAUCCACUGAUCCUGAAGAGAGACUUGGGAUGCUCAGGGAGUUGUCAUUCUUACCUAGGACUAGUUCAAUCUCUGAGCUUGCAAUCAAGAGAGUUAUUGUCAAAUCAUGA